AUACCAAAAUGGAAAUAUAAUAAACUUUUUUAUUUCUUGAAAUUAUUUGUAUUUAUUGUAAGAUUGAAAGGAGAUAAGGAUGAAGUCUAGUAUAAAAUAUUAAUUAGUAAUCAGGUAAUUUGGUAAAUGUUUUGUUUAAAUUAAUGAUUUAGUCUUAAUAUGUGGGUUCAAGAGGAACUCCUUUGACUGUAAGGUUGAAUCACUAUUUAGAGGAAACAGAUUUCACUGACUUUUUGAGUCAGAAAUAUCUAAAUAUGUAUUUUGUAUCUCUUUUUACGAAAAUUGCGCGGACGGAGGAGUAUGAAAUUUUCCACACUUAUAGAGAAUAUAGAGAAGAAAUGCAUAAUGCUAUUUUUUUUUAAAUAAUGCAUAAAUGAUACAUUUAAUAAAUAAAGAAAACAUUACACACACUACCAUGUAUUUGAUACAUACACGCAUGCCUACUAUUUUGUUUAUAGUUAAAGUCUGAGGUCAAGUUGAGAAUAGAUUAUUAUUGUUUAUCUUUAAUACUAUUAAUUGUCUAUAGUGUAGCCUUGGCGAAAUCUGUGAUUAUAGAAGUAAAUUCGUUGACAAUAGAACCAUAAUAAUGUUAAAAAUUAUAAUUUAAAUAAAUAAUUAUAGUCGAGUUUCGACAACCGGGCGACCGCUAGUUAAUUCAGAUAUGAGUAGGAAGAAUACAUAUUGUUCAUAGAACAAACGUCUAAUUAAUCCGAUAAAUGCUUGGAACGAUAGAUUUGAUUCGAUUACCAAUUUUCGAUUUUUCAUGGGAGAAUUUGACCAACAUGUCUACUGAAAAGACCGAAAUGGUCAUUGUGAAGUGCGCUCAGAAUAUUUUAGCCAAGAUUAAUUCCUGGAAGAGUCCUAAUCCUGAUUAAAGAACAUGUUUAAUUAAUUACUGAAUUCGAUUCUAAACAAUUAAUCCUUUAAUGCUCGAUUACUUCGAUAAAACUCAUAGUAACGCUGAACUAGCCAAUCGAAUUUAAUGUGAUUAUUUUAUGUUGAUAGUGAAGAUAGUUAAAUAAAAACUCGUACAAGGCGACGUUGGUUUUAUUCCAAAAUGGAAAGGGUGUUGUUCGGUUUAUUAUUGUUUGUGACCUACGUAUCCGCUUAUGUGGAAGUAGGGAAGUUCUAUCAUGAUGAAGUUGGAAUACCCUUGGCUAAGCGUUUAUUAGAGGCAGAGAACAAUGCUCUUAAUAACACCCCCGAUGUAGACGUAAAUAGGAUUGUUGGUGGAGUCGUGGCACCUGCUCAAUCGCACCCAUACCUGGCCGGUCUGGUAAUUAGUUUCGCUAGCACUGCUUCCAAUGCAGUAUGCGGGUCUUCUCUUGUCUCAGCGACUCGUCUUGUAACUGCUGCUCAUUGCUGGUUUGAUGGAAAUAGGCAAGCUGUUCAAUUCGUCGUCGUCCUUGGAACCCAAUUCGUUUUCCAUGGAGGCACUCGUAUACCGACCAACCGAGUGUUCAUGCAUCCGAUGUGGAAUCCUUCGCUCCUCAACAACGACAUUGCUAUGAUUUAUUUACCUUUCAGCGUGUCUUUCAGCGCAAGAAUUCAACCUAUCGCAUUGCCAAGUAUCUUUGAUCUGGGCAACAACUUCGUCGGCUUACCAGUUGUAGCUGCAGGAUACGGAGUCACUAGCGACGCCCAGCUUGGAAUAUCUGUAAAUCAGGUUAUGAGCCAUGUGAACUUGCAAGUGAUCACAGUGCAGCAAUGCAUGGCCGUCUUCGGUAGCAACUUCGUGAGAGACACAAACAUCUGCACGAGCGGAGCUGGCGGCGUCGGUAUCUGCCGCGGAGACUCCGGCGGACCUCUAGUCUUGCACCGCUAUGGCAGACCCACAUUGGUUGGUGUCAGCUCGUUUGUGGCUCAAAACAGAUGCCAGGAUGGGUUCCCCUCAGCCUUCGCCAGGACCACCAGCUUCUACGGUUUCAUUAUUCAACACAUGUCCGAUUAUGUGUUAUAUUGCCAUUCUGUCGAAAUGAAAACUGCUGUACUCUUCGGUAUCUUCUUCGUGGGCUACACAUCAGCCUAUGUGCCGGUGGAGACCUUCUACCACGAGAAUGUGGGAAUACCCCUAGCUAAAAGUAUUAGGGCUGCGGAGACUGCAAAGCUUGACUCAAGUGUCCAGCCAGACAAUGCUGCAAGGAUAGUUGGUGGGGCCAUUUCGCCAUCAAACGCACAUCCUUAUUUGGCUGGUCUUCUCAUCACCUUCAUAAACGCCGUCGGUACUUCGGCGUGUGGAUCAUCGCUUCUUUCAGCUAACAGGCUAGUCACCGCCGCCCACUGCUGGUUUGAUGGCCGCUUCCAAGCUAACCAGUUCGUUGUGGUUCUCGGCUCAAACACGCUGUUCCACGGUGGUGUUCGUGUCACUACUCGUCAAGUUUUUGUACAUCCUCAAUGGAAUCCCACCCUUUUGAACAACGAUGUGGCAAUGAUUUACCUACCUCACAGGGUUACUCUGAACAACAACAUCAAGCCCAUCGCUCUGCCUAACACCGCCGAUUUGAACAACCUAUUUGUUGGCCAAUGGGCGGUCGCUGCUGGAUAUGGAUUAACUAGUGACGCGCAAACUGGUAUCUCGGUAAAUCAGGUGAUGAGCCAAGUGAACCUGCAAGUGAUCACAGUGCAACAGUGCAUGGCCGUUUUCGGUAGCAACUUCGUGAGGAACUCAAACAUCUGCACGAACGGAGCUGGCGGUGUCGGUAUUUGCCGCGGAGACUCCGGCGGACCACUUUUGUUGAACCGUAAUGGUGUACUAACCUUAAUCGGUAUCAGUUCUUUCGUAGCCCAGAACAGAUGCCAGGACGGAUUCCCAUCUGCCUUCGCCAGAGUUACAAGUUUCAACAAUUUCAUCCGCCAGCAUUUAUAAACUGAACUGAAAUAAGGUCAAGUUCCAUACAACAACAUUACGUAUUCAUGCCAGAAGUAAAUAUAAGUGAAACUUUAGUCAGCGACGAAGCUAAAGAAAAAAUACACUCUUAAAAUACUUGGACGCAUAAUUUUUUUACUUGUGAUGAUAAUUGAAAAUAUCAGUGCCAAACAGCGUUACUGAAAAUAUUUAUCCACAAUUAAUAAUAUUAAAAACAGAAGAAUCGUAUUUAUAGACUGAAUGAAAUGUUCUAUUUAAUUUAAAUAUAUAAUUAUAUAGUACCUAUGUAUAUAUGUACCUGGUCGAAGAAAUAAAUGUUAUAUUUUUUUUUA